UAGAUUAUGUUGCCAUCCUAAUCAACCAUUAAUUAAUAUCCCAUUGAUUGUCCUGGUGAUUCGAAACAGUCCCCCUAUCCUGCUUAUAUAUUUUUUGUACCUCCAUAACACAUGAAAGAGUAAGAGAGAGAGUCUGAGAACUGAGAAAUGGCGAGUAGCACUCCCAGCCAUGAGAAGCAGAAGAGAGGAGGAGCCAUGUCCACGUACAAAUACAAUCCGAGCAGCGGCCGUCACUUAAAGCCGGAAUCCAGGCCUGUUACUACAAUGGCGGAUAAAACCCAUGCUUUACGAAACUGGUUCAAUUCAUCCAUGAGAAAACCAAAACCUCGUCCAGAAAUUGAUGUACUCCAUUGUGACGAGAAGAGGCAGCAGGGCGGGAAUGAAACUUAUAGUUUAGAUGGUAAUUUUGGAAAUGGAAGACGAGGAGGGGGAGGCGGAGGAGGUGGAGAAGUGAUGGUGGCGAGGAAGUCUGUGUCUCAUGUGGAAACUAAUUUGGCAUCAGUGGCUUCAUUUCUUCAAGUGAAGGUGUUGGUCUCGGACAUGCCUGGGUUCAUGCAAGUUCAUGCCUUUCGUAGCGCUAGACGAACUUAUGACAGCUUGGAGAAGUUUAGCACAAGACACAUGGCUUAUAACUUAAAAAAGGAGUUUGAUAAAUUGUACGGGCCGGCAUGGCAUUGCAUAGUGGGCUCGGGUUUCGGGUCAUUUGUGACCCAUUCAACAGGUUGCUUCCUAUAUUUUUCAAUGGAGAAACUGUGCAUUCUCUUGUUUAGAACUAAAAUCCAGAAAGCAGUAGACUGAUUGAUGUCUGCAUUUACCUAUUUAUUUCUUUUUUGUGGGUUCAAGUAAUCAUUAUUGUAUUAAACAAGAACACUGGAUUAGAGUGUGCAUAUAUAAAUCUCAAAUAUUCGACCUUAA